ACGUCGGUCACAUUACUGCAUGUGAACAAGCCGACGGAUGAAAUGUCGGAUUGUGCUGUUUACUCGUAAGCUGCAAGAGGGGCGGAGCUAAGCCAGGGAACGCAGGCCUGCGGGGGAAAGCGACCCUCAACCCUCUCAGUUCAAGCCAAGGAUGGCGGCCGUCAAGCUGUUCUACUCGGAUGCUCCUGGUCGCGGAGAGAUCAUCCGUCUGGUGCUGUCGGUUGCUGGAGUCGACUUUGAUGAUGUGAGGUACAAAUACGAGGACUGGCCCAAGUACAAACCAGAGGCACCGUUUGGCCAGGCGCCAUUCAUAGAAUACAAUGGGAAGAAAUAUGGACAGAGUGUGGCAAUAGCCAACUUCUUUUCUCGGGAGAACGGUCUGUAUGGCGCCAGCAACCUGGAAGCAUUCCGCAUUGAUGAAGUGGCGGGACUAGUGCAGGACCUCUUCACUUGUCUGAUCCCAGUCUUCAUCGAGAAGGACCCUGCGAAAAAGGAGGAACUCAGAGCCGCGAUGGUGAAGAACGACGCCCCCAGAUUUUUCGGCUUCUUCCAGAAGUUUCUUCAGGAGAAUGGAACUGGAUACCUGGUAGGCAACAAGCUGUCACUCGGGGAUCUGAUAAUUUACGACAUGACAACACAACUUCUGAAAACCUUUCAAUACGACGCGGCCGCCGACUUCCCGGAAAUCAAGACUCUAGUGGACAACGUGGAGGGCAAUGAGAACAUCAAGGCCUACAUCGACAGCAGGAAAUCUGUGUCUUGUCAGCCACACCAUAGACAGCAGUCAGCGGCUGCUGAUAGCAAAGCCACGUCUGCUGCAAAGCCUCGAUUCAAAUCAAAGAUGGCGGCCGUCAAGCUGUUCUAUUUCGACACCCCAGGUCGCGGGGAGCUCAUCCGUCUGGUGCUGGCGGAGGCAGGAGUCGAAUUUGAGGAUGUGAGGUUCAAACAAGAAGACUGGCCGAAGUACAAGCCAGAGGCACCUUUCGGCCAAUCCCCCUUCAUAGAAUACAAUGGGAAGAAACGUGCACAGAGCGUGGCAAUAGCAAACUUCUUUGCCCGGGAGAACGGUCUCUACGGCGCCAACAACCUGGAGGCAUUCCGCAUUGAUGAAGUAAUGGGGCUGAUGCAGGAUUUCUUUAACUUCUUGGUCCCAGUCUACAUGGAGAAGGAUCCUGCAAAGAAGGAGGAGCUGAGGCUAGCAAUGGUGAAGAACGACGCUCCCAGGUUUUUCGGUUUCGUCCUGAAACUUUUGCAGGAGAACGGAACUGGGUACUUUGUCGGCAAUAAGCUGUCACUGGCUGACAUUAUCGUGUAUGACAUGGCCACACAGCUCCGGGAUGUUUUCAGCUGCGAUGUGGCCGCCGACUUCCCAGAAAUCAAGGCUCUGGUCGAGAAGGUGUCAAGCAACGAAAACAUUAAGAAAUACAUCGACAGCAGGAAAUGAAAAUUGUCUUCUGCCUUUCACAGGCCGACAAAAGCAAAAUAAGUUCUUAAUACACCUGAUUGACAAAUGUUUCAUAAAAUCAUCACAUCGCAAUCAACUUGCACGAUUUCUAGUGUGACCAUUGCUAGUCGCAUGACAGUGAGUCAGUGUGAGGGUAGAUUGGUCGGUCGGUUAGUGGCUGAUUGAGUGAUUGUUUUAUCAAAAUAUUUAUUUUCCUUUUUCACCUUGUCUGCACUCAGAUUUCUCAUCUUUCAGUUUUUCUUUGUCCACCAUAUAAUUGCCCUCUGACCUGCCGUCCCUCCUGCUCUGCAACUGUCCAUCCCUCAACCUGCUCAUGUAUCAUGUUACUCUCAGCUCUUGUCCUUCUCACAACGCUGGACGCAAAAUCUACUCAAGGAAAAAUAAUAUGACUAACUAAGAAUCCAAACGAUGAACAAUACCAGAACUUGAAUCAGAACUUUCACAAGAGCUGUCGUCCUUUUCGGCCUCAGUCUUGCGGUGUCUUUGUCAUUGAUGUGUGUCUCACCCAUGAAAGAGAGAGUAAGAGACUAUUUACAUCUCUUUCAACCAGACAUUCACAAAUUAGUAACACAUAUACAGCCUAUUAAUUAAAUGAAAAGGACUGAGCCCUAAAGGGAUCCAUGUAAAAACUUCGCGGCCAUGUCUUUCUAGUGUGUUAACUGACUUCUAUUUAUGGAAAUAAAACAUUUUACAGACUAUAAUCCUUCCUUAAGUAAGUUGUAGUUAUCGCCACCUGCUUACACGUGUUGAAAAGAAAUAAAGAAAUAAAGAAAUGUCGACAGA